CUGUGUCGCCCGCGCCGAAAGAACUUCGGAUAUUCGGCGCCUAUAGCCAGUCAGCCAGCCAGCCAGCUAGCUUAGCCCAAUUUGCUCCUCGCGGAUAUUUACCCCUUAUAAGAGUACACUGCAAGCACAUUGGGGGUCGUCGCCGGUGCUGAGCAGGCCGUGUACACGGUCGCCGUCCCGGGGUUGUGUUGAUGCCGAGGCGGCGUAUAUGAUCGGCGACAGUCUUCAGUGCGUUUCGUGGCCUUCAUCCGCGUACUCCAUCUGGCUGAAAGUUUCUACGACGGAAAUGUGAGAAAGCGUACGGACUCGGAAUGGCGGCGAGCCUGCUGCUGCUGCUGGCUGGCUGACGUGUUCUCUUGCUGUCUUUACAUUUUUUAUAUAUUAAAUUUACUCGUCUUCUGGACAGGACGACGAUGACAGCGUAAACGGGGCGACGACGACAAAAACGACGAGGAAACUGUGCGCAGUUCUUCCCCACGCGACGCUUCUUUUUUUCUGUUUCCGCUGGCCCUGCUGCUGCCGUGUCCGUCGUCGGGUGCGUUUGUGUGUGUGUCUGUGCUUGCGUACGUUCGUUUUUGUGACCGCGUUGUGUCGAGACGACGCGUACUCUGCUGCGUGUUUUUUUUUUCCUCGAAGCGAAACGAAGCGAAAAAGAAAAGCUACCAGAAGUGCGGGGCCAAACAACCACUCAUCUCCACCUGAUUGCGAGAAGUGGCGGCCGUCGAGUGCGCGUGUGUGUGCGCGCGCGAUCUUCCAUCUAUACGUAGUGGCGUGUUUUCGGAGGGGAUCUUAGAUGACGACGGCGAGGGAGUCGUCGGAUGAACUGCGCAGUUGAUGGACGGCUGCCCCUGAGCCCAUCCUCUGUUCCUCUUCCAUCAAGCGGAAGUUCAAGCAUCGGCAGCCGUCUGUCUUCAGACACCAGUCCUUCUAGCAUGGCCUCUGCACCAUCCUCAGAGAGCGUUUCUAGAAAGACAUCCUCAGGAGCAUUGAGUGCAAAGAUCAACAAUGGCCUGGAUUCUAGCUUCGACAUCAGUUUUUCAAGCAUAGAGGCUUGUGCAUCUCCCGAGAUAAUUAAGAAGCAAUCUGAACACUCGCCUGCACAUGGGGACAUGUCUUUCAAUGAAGCGCUCAGCAGGUACAAGAGGAAGAUGGGCGAUGUGAAGCGCCAGCUGAGCAAGCGUGAUGAGCUGAUCAGGCUGCUGACUGAACGGCUGGAGGAGACCCGCCAGGAACAGGAGCGGGCCCAGCGGGAGGCCUCCCAGCAGGAGCACGCACUCGCCCAGGAAGUGAGUCAGCUGAAGCGCGAGCUCCAGCUGUGCAUGGAGCUCCUUGAGGCCCGAGGUGGGGACACUGGCCUGAGGCAACAGCACCAGCAGAUGCUGAACACAAGGAACGAGGCACUAGAGCAGCUCCAGCAGAAGGUGGAGGCCCAGGAGCAGCAGAUCGCCAUGCUGCAGCAGAUACGCACUGACCUGCUCAGCCGACUGGCAGCUGCUGCUGCUUCUCUAGGUCCUGAGGAAGGCGAGAUUGUUACAAGCAAUGGCAGCCACCCCGACUACUUGGCCUCAGGAGAAUGCAAAGCUGCCAGCCCUUCAGUAGUCGGCUGCCGUGGGGACGCUGUUGCGCUGACUCUCAUGCCUCUCUCGGAACUCCCCAGACAGCACUUACAAGGCGACACCACCCCCGAGCAUCUUCCGUCCCCAGAGCACACAGAAUGUGAUGAGAAUCAUAUCCUCAGCUGCAAACAAGUUGUUUGCAGCCACCUUUCUGACUGGAUGGCUGCCCGCUCCCUCAGUAUUGACAGCCACGCUGACAUUGAAACCAUUUACAAUGAUCUUAAAUUGUUCGCCAUGCAGGGCCUUGAGUAUGCAGCUGCUUGCGAAGCUUAUAACAUCCCCAUGCCAAACCCAGCCGAUCUUCUGGAAGAGGUGGCCACGUUGCACACAAAGGUGACAGCACUCGAAGAAGAUCUGAAAGCUCUGGAAGGGGAAAUGAUCCACGCGCGGGCUGAGAAUGACAACCUUCGCCGUGACUCAGUGGCAACAGAAGAGAAACUCAAAACGCUGUGUAAGGAGCGAAAUUUGGCAUUGAACUCCAUCAAAGAAAGUGAGUAUCAGCGUGCUAAAGAAGAAGUGGAGGACGAGAGCUUGCUGGAGGUUUACGAACUGCAGACGGAGUGCAUCCGCCUCGAGCAAGAGAAGAAGGCGUUAGAGCAGCAGCGCACACGUCUGCUGUCUGGCGAUCAGUCACCCUGCGUGUCACCCAUUCCUUCGGCACUCAUGUUGCCUGAGCGAGUCCGACAUAGCUCAGCUGUGCAGACAGACGACAUGGAGAUGGCCAAAUCUGCUCUGGAGAGCAAUGGCACUGCCCUUGCGCAGGCCGUUGACAAGAGGUUAUCACUUGACUCUUUGAGUGCAUCAAUAGAGCUUGAUGAAGGUGAAAAUGAGAAGGGUGCGUACGAUGCACUAGUUGCAGAGAACAUUCGUCUCACAGCAGAGAGGCAGCGGGUGGAGAGCGAUUUGGAAGUUGUCCGAGAGAGGUUAUGUGGUGCAGAGGAGUUGAUAGAGAAACUGAAGGCAGAGUUGGAACGGGAGCACGGUAGCCUAGAGCAGCUUGUUGCUCAGACAGAAGAGAUGCUGAGGGCGACAGCCAACACUGAUCUGUGCAGCCGCGACAAGCACAUCUUCCUGGAAAACCAGAGCCUCAAGUGCCAAGUGGUGCUUUUGAGUAGCCGCUUGGAACAGGAGAAGAACUUUGCAUCAGCACUCAAGCGACACGUCCAGUGCCUCGGCUCAAGGGACGAGUCCUUCCAGAAGAUUGUCAAGGACUUGACCAACCGGCUGCUGAGCGGUGGCGAGCGACUGCGGUCUUCUUUGGAUAGGUGCCGUCAGCUGGAGCAGGCACUUGCCAAAUCGGCGGCCAAGGCCAAACGGUUGGAGGCAGAGCUGCAUCAGUUAAGAGAAAACCUGAAGGCAUCAGGUGAUGUGUCUGUGGACUGUGUAAAACAUGUGAGCAGGGAACAUAGUGCUUUAGCGGAGGAAUGUAGGCACCACGAGGAAGCAAACAUUGAGGCAUCGGACACUGGAUCCAGGAAAGGGAGCAGCGGAGAGGGAAGCGUGAUCGAUGAAGUGAAGCCACUUGCCAUUCAGCGCAUGCAGCUGGAGCUGGAAGAAAAAGAGCUUCUGCUGUCGAACCAGGAGCUUUGUAGCCGUGCCUCUCAGCGGCUAGAACUGUGUCGGCAACGAGAAGAGCUGCACGUGGAAUACGGGGAGCGUCUCUCAGCCGUGUUGGCAGCCCUCAAGGACUCUUGCCGGAGAGAGCUGCUUUCUUUUCAAGAAUGCCUUGUACGCGAGUCAUCGCUCCAGCUGCUCCGCCUCCGAGAAACUCAUCAGGCAGACAUUGCAGCCCUGAAGCAGAGGCAUGCAGAACAAGUGGAGCAGCUGCGAGCUAAGCUGCUCGCAACCGAGACAGCACAGUCAUCGGCUGCCGAGGAAGCGGACGCAGUGCUUGCAGAGUUGCGCCAGCGGCAGCAGGCAGAGUAUGAGCAGCUUCUUCCCCGCUUGGACCCCGACCUGCAACUCAAGCUGCAGGCCCUGGUGGCUCUGACGCUGCGAAUACACCAGGUGGAGAAUGAACGUGCCCUGUCCUCUGCACAGGAGCAUCUCACCAGUGAGAAGCAACGGUUGUGGGAAGCACUGAAAGCCUGCAGCCAGGUGCAAAGGGAAGCUCUAGAAGCUCAGCUGGAACAUGAGCAGAAGGCUGCUCUCAGGGAACAGUACCAAGCCCUGCUCAAUGACAUGGGACAAGCACAAGGCACUGACAGCUCCGUCCGCCCAAUCAGCCCUGCUGCUGCUGGAGACAGCCCUGAGGUACUGCAGCUCUCUCAUAUCAUCAAGGGCCAUCUGCAAAGCUCAACAGAGGUGCUUUUUGGUCUUCUGAAGGAGCGGAUAGACAAGGACUUCUACACUGCCCUCAAUCGGUUGACUGAUGAAUGGAAGGCAAAGUAUGCCAACACCCCUGGUUCUGCAGCGACAGAAGAUUCAGCCACGACGGCCAGAGACGAUGCAGAGGCACUGGUGCAUGAUCUCGGGAAGCAUCUGGAUUCAGCCAAAGAAGCCGAGCAGUUGGUGCUGUCCUUCCACCGUCUGGGUGAGGAGCUCAGGACGGGGCUACACUCACAGCUGGAACAGCUACUCGGCAUCUACCGGGAGCUCCACAGCAAGAUGGACACUGCCUCGGCCCUCGAGCGCUACCGAGGUCUGUGCGAGCAGCUGUGCUCGGGCGCCCCAGCUGACCCUGCCUCCCUGCAGCACCAGCAGGACUUGCAGCUGAAGGCACUGAGGGCAAGCCUGGAGGAGCAGCAUUCUCAGGAGAAGACGGCACUCCUCUCCGAGCAGGUGGUACGUACCAAGGAGCUGCUGAGCAAGCAUCGGGAAGAAGUGGAGCAGCUGGAGAAAACUGCAGAGGCAAGGCUGGCUGACGAGCGCCGACGCCUGACGGAAGAGCUGGAUGUCCUGCGUUGCAGUCUCUGGGAAAAGGAACAGGCUCUUAGCCGGGCUGCCAACGAACAGCAGGCGAAGGCUUCUGCCGAAAUGGCAGAGCUCAUCAACAAACACAGUGAAGAGGUUCAGAAACUGUCCUCCGCCCUCGAGGAAGAGCAGAAAAAGACAGAAUCACUCCGCAGUGCACUUGAUUCUCUCAAGAAAGAAAGGGACGAAAUCGUAGAGCUUGCAGAGAGCAUCACAAGGGCCAGCUCGGACUCGGUGGUUGACCCAAGCACUGCAAUUAGACGACUUGCAGAAGAGAAUGCAACAUUGCGACGAGAGGCUGAAGCGGCACACACUGAAUACGAGUCUAUGCUCUCCGAGGAGAAGAAUAGGCUGAAAGAUGAAGUGGAGACUGUUCGUGCCGAGUACGAGUCUGCACUGCAGAAUCUUGAGGAGAAGCUCCGAGGGGCCGAGGUCGACCACAGGAGACAUCUGGAGGAACUGCUUGCAAGCCAGGAGCAGUACCAGGAAGAAGUGAAGUUGAAAGACGAAGAGCUACUUCUGCUGAAGCAUGAAGUGGAGCAGUACGCUGACACGCUUGGCUCGCAAAGACUAGAGUUUGACCAGGAGCUGGAGAACAUUGAGCGGAGGCUGGAGACCAAGCACGCUGCCGAGAUUGAGUCACUCAAGUCGGAGCACAGGGCAAACAUUGAGGUGCUGAGAGAGAGUUUGCAACGAGAACUGCUGGACGUCAAGGCUGGCUACGAGGAGCAGCAACAGAAGCUGCGGAGGAGCCUCGAGACCGAGCACAACUUGGUGGCCAACUCACAGAAGGCACAGUUCGAGCUGGCACUGGAGGCCCUGAAGAAAACGCACAAAACGCAGAUGGAGAAGUUGAAAGAACAGCAUACGAGGGCUGUGGAACAACUCAACAAGGAAAGAGCACAGCUGGAACAGCACAUGGCUGACGAGAGAACAUCUGCCAUCAAAGACAUGAAAAGCAAGCUGGAGGCUAACUACACAGAGAUUGUUGACACCGCCAGGAUGGAAUGUGCUGCUAGGGUCAAACAGCUGCAAGAUGAGCUAGAAAAGAUGGAACAACAGCUGAGCUCUUUACGUCAACGGAACGAGGAGGGCCGGCCAGUUGAAGAGGAACUGGUUCCUGCAACGGCCAGUCAGUCUGCUGCAGAAAAGCCUGCAAAGUCUGUAUCGGUCGAUAGUUUAGAUGGGAAGCACCCUGAAGAAAAAGAUGAAGGUACUGCUCAUGAAGCCAUUCAGCCAAAGCUUCGUGCAGCCACUGCUGGCACAGAAAGCAGUGCGAGAGAGGCCUCGGCAGAAUGGUCAGACAUUUCCGUGGAAGACAUCCUGUACGAGCGGUCAGAGCUUCUGAAGCAGUUGAAGAGCUUGAGCGCCACUGUGGACAAGCUGCAGGCAGAAAAAGAAGACCUGCAUGAGCAGCUUCGGAAAGCGAACGACGAGCUUGCCUCUAAGGAAAUCAGGGCGACUUCACGAUCUCCAAGUAAGGCCCUGCUUCUCAGAAUCCCUUGUCGGCCAUUUUCGGAAGAGAAGGCCAGCCCGCUCUACACAUGCAGUGGUGGUGUCUUCUGUUCUAGGGAGUGGCUCGCAGGCUCAGGGCUGACAGCCAAUGAGAUUCAGUCUUGGCAGCUGCACACGGCACAGACCAACACGCGUCUGUUGAAUGUGCUGUCUGAUCUCGUGAAGACUUACGUGGACACAGAGCAGGAGAUUCAGGAUGCCUUAGGUCACCUGGGGCUGUCACGUGUUGAUUCACCGGCGUCCAACACGGCCGCUGAUGAGGACUACUCUAGCCUUGGGGGCAUGAGCUGCCAAACCCAAGGCUCAAAGGAAGACUUUGGUGAUGGCUUCCUCUCAGAGCUGUGCGAGGAUGGACCUGACCUGACACCACGCACCUGGGACAUGUUUGCCUCGGCUAUUGGAAUGCAGGACACUUCAGAGAUGGAGGGAGAAGACGUUGUCCUUGGUGCAAGCCGUCGGCUACGCACAGCUGUAGACCGGGUGCUGCGGCUGUUGGCAGAGGUGUCGGAGCACCGUGGAGAAGACUUCCGAGGCCUUGUACAGCGCAACCGGGACCUGUGCCAGGAGUUGCGCCAGGAAAGCCAGCUGCACAACCAGCUCGCACUGGACCUCCUGCAUGCUCAGGAGCGAGGUCGUGCCCUGGAGCUGGAGAAGCAGCGCCUAGAGGACACGGUGUCUCAGCUGGAAGAGCAGCGAACAGAGCUGCAGCGGGAGGUUCGGAGCCUGCGGGCGCGUGCCCAGCGUCUUGAGGAUGCUCGGGAAUCGCUCGGGGAACAGCGCCAGCUUCUGGAGGAGCAGCGCCGCAUGCUGCGCGAGGGGUUGCACGAACCUCAGAUCACACAAAGCGCUACUUCUACAUCUGAGCAAGCACCGACUGAAGCGCCUGAAGGGCUGCUGGAAGAGCACGAGCGGCUGAGCGAGGAGAAGCGGCGCCUGGAGCGCAGCCAGGACCAGGAGCGGGAUGCUCUGGCAGUGCGCCUCGCAGAGCUGGAGGCAGCACUCGAGGAGGCAUCGACACAGCGCGAGGAGCUCCUGGAGAGCAGGCGCCUCGAGGUGGCAGACUUGCAGGCGCAGAUCGACGCCAUGGACAAGCAGCUGCUGUCACACAAGAAGUUCAUUGAGGAGCAGACGCACGAGCGGGAACAGGAGCGCGAGGACUUUGCCCAAGAACUGGCCAAGUUGCAAGAAGCACUGAAAGACAAGGAGAAAAUUCAGAACUGCGAGCAACGCCUCUCAAAGGAGAUUGAGUCCCUGGAGCAGCAACUACGGAUGCGAGUAGAGGAUCAUGGACUGGUACUGCGAAAGCGUGACCAGCUCGAGGCCGAAGUUCGCUCUCGAGACGACAAGAUACAUGACCUCCGUGACAUCAUUCGUGACCUUGAGGCUGACCUGUCCAACAAGUCGCAUUCGGUCCAUGAACUCACACUGAGAGUAUCCAAUCUGGAAGAGGCCCUGUCGGUGGCCCGACAAGGUGAACAGGAGGCCUUGCACGAGCUGGAGAAGGCACGAGGAGGAGCCCAAGGAAAUCGGUCAGCCGAUAUGGUGAAGCGGGUACGGCAGCUAGAGGAACAGCUGGAGGCCCGCACCCAGGAGCUUGACAAGAUGGUCCAGAUGGGAUCCCUGCUGCAGGAGUUCCGGGCGCAGGUGCGUUCCCUGGAGGAGAAGGUGGAGAGUCGUAUCCGCCAGGUGCAGGAUGCACAUGGCUCUCUGCGGCAGCUGGUGCAGGCGCUGAGCCCAGUGGGAGGAUCCCGUGAAGGAGCCCUGUCGGGCACCAGUGAGGACUCUUCGUCCCUGUCAGCUGGGGGCGUGCAGACCUUGUCGGUUGAUGACAUACGGGACGGCCUGUCGCCCAGUGCCCUGCAGUGGGACGAGCUGCGCGGCCUGGAGGAGAAGGUGGAUGCCCUUGUGGCAACCGUGGGUGACACCUUCCAGGAGAAUGCCCAGCUACGCAAGGUUCUCAAGGCCACCAAAAAGGACAAAGAGGAACUUGAGCGUGAGAAGAGGGCUCUCCAGGAACUGAACCAGCAGCAGCUGCUGCAGGUGUCUGCGCUGAAAGCGCACGUAGAGGACACCCGGCUGGGGCUCUCCCCAUCGUGCAGCCAGGGAGGAGGCCCCGUGGGCCAGCAGCUACGCCAGCUCCGGAAGGACCUGCUGCGCGAGAAAGAGGCCCGCGAGGUCGCCGAGCACAAGUUGCAGCUGAGCACGGAGCAGGUGACCAGCCUUCGCGGCCAGCUGAACCAGCAGCGCGAGCUAGUCACCAAACAGCGAGAACGACACAGGCCGUCGCAACACGCAGGCACGCUCACCCGAGACCUCGAGGCCAACCGCUCCCCUCCUACCCCGCACUUUGCAAAGCUACAGAAGCUUACAAGCACACGAGGAACCAUGACUCAGCUGAGCCUGCAGCAGCUGCUGGAACUGGAGGCCGCUCAGCAGAGGGUCCGGACCCUGGAGCGCACGGCAGAGCUGGAGGCAGCGUGCAGCACCAAGGACGAGCCUGUCGCAGAAACAGCAGAGGCAGUCAUGUUACCCACGCAAAAGCAGGACGUUGCCAAUUUGCAAGCACUGCUGCAGGAGCGAGAUGAAGAAAUUGAAGCCCUGCACCAGGCUGUUGAUGCGCAGGUAUCUCCACUGCGUGAAAAGCUGCACUCAAUGGAGGAAGAGCUGGUGAGUCGAGAGCGUGCUUGGAGCGAGCAGCGAGAGUGCCUAAAGCAGGAGUUGGCUCGCGCACGGGAAGCACAUGAAAUCAGUUCAAGGCGGCUGCAACUUCGGCUACACGAAGCCCAGCAACUGCACGCUAAUGCUCAGGAGGCACUCCGAUCGGAGGUGCUUGCGCUCAGGGACACCCUGUCACGGAGCGUGCCUAAGGACGAGGCGGCAGCUGCACUGAACAAGGCAGUGUCAGCCGAGCGGGAGCAGCAGCAGAGCAAGCACCACGAGGAAAUCCGGCUGUUGGAGGAGACUUGGAAGGAACGCCUGGAGGCUGAGCGCAAGCGGCUAGAGCAGGAGCAUGCCCAGCACACCGCUGACCUGGAGCGCCAGUGCCAACUGCAUGCGCGCAUGCGCACCUGGAACCGCACAGACCUGGAGAAGGAGAUGGCCUCCUAUCUUGAGCAGGAAACUGCUGCAUUGGACGCACGGCACCAGAACGCAGUGGAGGCGCUUCGACAACAGUGUGAACAGGAGAAGCAACAGAUGAGGCAGGGGCACGCAGAUGAGAUGCAGCGCCGCCUCGAGAAACUCUGUGCAGAUCUUGCCAGAGAGCACUCAGAACAGCUGGCCAAGCUCAGAGAGACGGCCGAAGCCGAAAAGGCAGCGCUUCUGCAGGAGUGCCAAAAUGCGGAAGUACAGUCGUCGGCCUGCAACACAUGUCAACAGAUAGCAAACAGGGACAACAGUGUGCCAGGCAGUAGCGGUGGCAAGGUGGCUCAGCUGCUGACCCAGGAAGAGAUCCACAGCCUGGUCAGUCGUCGCAUCACUGAGGAGGUGACCCGACUGUGCAGGAUGCACGAGGCCGAGGUGGCUGAGCUGAAGAAGGCUGUGGAAAGGCAGUGGGGCACUGAGCACCGGGUUGGGACAUCGGCAACAGAAGGCUCCACCGCCAAGGAGGUGAGCACUUCAACUGAGACAAAAGACGUGCAACACCUGCAGCAGGAACUCCAGGCGGAGAUAGCGCACCUGCGUGCCGAGAUGGCCAGAAUGCUUCAAGAGAAGGAAGAGGUGCUGACAGCCCGCGCAGACCAGCGCCUGCUGUCCACUAAGGCGGAUUUCCAGCGGGAGCGGGACGAGCUUUCGGAAGCACUGCGGAGGGCUCAGGCAGAGGCGACGCAGCAAGAUGCUGCUCACCGUGAGCAGCUGCGGAGGAUGGAGGCGACCCUGCGAGCGCAGCUGGAGGCGGAGAAGGGGCGCCUCGCACUACAGCAGGAGCAGCUGGUGUGGCGGCUGCGGGAGGAGCACACACAGCAGUUGCAGGCCCUUCGCACAGAGCAAUUGCGCGAGGUGGAGGCCCUCCGGGAGGAGCUAGACCGAGCCAAGCUGAAGCUGCGGGCCCACAAGAUGGCUGCCAUGCUGCGCUCUCGUGGCAGUACACCGCCUUCAGACAAUGGAAGCACUGCUUCGAGCUUGGCUUCAGCCGGCACCCUGGACGAAAGCAACUCUCAGGAUUCCAUGGUGUCGCCAGCUCUUCGUGACCUGCUAGGAAAGAUAUAUCGCGAAGGACUACAUGUGCUGUCCCUGACAGAACGGCAGUUGCUGCAGCGACACUUGACACCAUCACCCGAACGCAGUGGCAACACAACAGCAGCGUCCGACCACUCUACAGCCACUGUCAAAGCUGUUGCUCCAGCCACGGCAAAUGACGUUCAGCAGUUGCACGAAGCACUGAAGCAGGAGUGCCUGGCUCACAAAAAGGCACUCGAUGAACUUCAGGAACAAAUGGACCUUGCCAGGGAUCAGCAUGACCAGAAGGAGCUAAAACUCAAGGCCAAAGUGGAUACACUGGAGGGUCAGCUUCGGCAGGAGCGGUCGCGGGCAGAAGAGCUCAAGCAGCGGCUGGACGCAGAGCAGGCCAAGACACUGGAGCUGCUCACGCAGCUCAAUAGCCAGCGAUCCUCGUGUCUGGAACUGGAGAUGGCACUGGCCAAUUGCCGGUCCGACCUUGCCGAUGCUAAUCGCCAGAUACUGGCCCUCAAGCAGGAAGUCCUCCAUUGCAAGAGCUCCCUGGAGGUGGAGAAACUGCAUGCACAGAACAUGUUGAAUGCUGUCAACGCUGAGCGAGCUCACUUUAACCAGCUACAAGCCACUUUGGAGCUGGAGAGACGCCGUGGAGCCAUGACGCGCGAGCAGGACCAACAGCUCAUUCAUGAGCUCAGAGCAGGACCCUCAUCUCUUCCGUCCACACCAGCACGGCACACACAGUUGAGCGAAAUCGAGAAGAUGCGUGGGGCUCCUCUAUCAAGCACGGCUCACUUGGACAGCUCACUGUUCGGUGAAGGAGACAACACUGGCAAUCGCGGCGGUGGCCACUACCUAUGUGCACGAGAGAAGCUGACAUUGAGUCAGUCUCUGCUGAAAGCGGAGGAGGAGAUAUCAAGACUAAGGCAGCUCACCCUUAGCCAGGACCUGUUACUUGGCCAGACAGCAGCAGAUGGCAACCCCUCACCCGCCAUCUGUCGUCUGCUACACAAGCUGUACUGGAAGUACCGCAAGGCAGAGAGCUGGCGCAAGGGCCUCAUCUACCAGAAGCAGUACUUGCUCAGCCUCCUUCAGGGCUUCCAGGCAACUGAGGACGUGGCUUUGCGAAUGUUAUCUGGCUCCCGACGUCGACCUCCCCCUUCGCCUCCACCCUUGCAUCACAUCGAUGGAAUAGGGACCUCUAGUGAAGAUGAUGGGCGCCCAAGGCAGCAUGGUUUCCGUCUGCACUCUGCCGACUCCUCUGGCGGUCGUCACUUCCAGCACUUGCUGGCCUACCAGUCAAGGGGUCACCAAGACUCGGUGGACGACGCUCCACUGCCUUCAGGAUCAUCCUCCCACUCAUCAGCUGAUGGGUCUUCGGGCAUAGCAUCAUCACCGCCCAUGCCUGCACGGUUCCGAUUCCGGUCGGCAGUGCAGGCAGUGGUAGCACUGCACCGCAUGCAGCACCUGGUGCACAAGUGGCGGUUGGCGGCAUGCGUGCCUCCGACGCCUGUACUUCUGCACAAGGUGGAGCUGGCAGUGCGUUCAGUGCCACACGGUGGCACUUGGAGGCUAGGAGCGUCCACCAGUUCGGGCCUCUCUAUGGUCACGGCACGGUCAUCGCAGUCUUCACUGGUUUCAGCUAACACGAGCCAAGCAUCGGCAGCGACAGUGCUGUGCCACAGGCUACCACAGCCACCAUCACCCAGGACCCCAUCACGGCCUUCUCAGAGUCAGCCUGCAAGUAUGCGGGAGUUUGUGGAGAGGCUGGACAGUUUACACAAGCAGUUCGGCCUUAGUGAUGACCAGCAUUGCUGACACACCGCCACUGGGUGGAAGGUGUUGAUGACAAUGUUGGACAGUGCGCACAGUAGUUCAUUGUACCCUCCAGCAAGAAUACAUCAACGCACAGACAAGGGAUUGAAUAGCUUUUCAGAAAGCUGCUCUUUGGGACCGUGUAGAUAACUAAUGUGUUCAGAGUAGAUUUUUGCAUUGCUGUUAAAAAAGACUGCUAUGUUUUCUACUUUCUCGCUACCUGAAGAGGGUACUCUAUGCAAGCCGUGGGGAAAGGUUUAUUUAUGCUCGAACAGACGCCUUCUGGUGUAGGCAUGCUCAGCACUCUUCUAGUCUUGACUGAGUGUGAGGAGACGCGGUAGUGAAAAGCAUCCUUCUGGUAAAGGCUGUUAUUGCAAAGUUUUUCGCAUCUGCGCAUAUUGUGCAGUUGCAUUGGCCCAACAGUUUUGCUUAGGAGCACAUAAUCUUAACCUUAUUAAAAUAUGUGUUGUGGCUACAUUUUUUUUUCCUUAUAAUGCUGUAGGCUUUAUUAAAAGGAGAGACAUUCUGGUGUAAUGUAAGUCAUGCUUGCAAAACUCUCGUGCACGUUUGUUUGCCUGUUUAAAUGGUGUACGACCUUUUAUGUACUAUGGUGUUUUUAUUUUCACGGUGCAACAUGCAAUGUGUUGCUUUUAUGUAUGGUCCUAAUGUCCAACUGCUCAUUUGUCUGCGUUUGUGAUUAUACAUGCAGAUGGCAUAGUGCUGAGAGGAAAUGGGGAGGCUCAAAUUUUUUACCCUCUGCCAAACAGUUGGUGCCACUAAACAGGGUGGAUUCUUCUGCCGUCAUCAACUCGGGUUCCUUACUCUGUCUGCACAUCAUCUGUGCAGAGCGGCCAAAAACAAAGAGGGGAACCUUCGAAGUCAGUGCCUUUUCUCAAGUGUGCUUGACCGUGCUUCAGGGUGUAGCUUCAGGGUGUAGUUGUAGUUUUAAAAUUCCUUGUAGCUUUUUAGACCUGCUUUGGUUUUGUCUUAUAUGGUUUUGGCUGAGAACUCUACACAUUGUAUAUAGAAUAUGUAUAUUUUACAAGCAGCAAGUAAGUGUCUAAUGUUAAUGUCUUGCUACUGUGCUUGAACAUACAAUGACAUGCUAUUGGCAGGGGCUGAUGACCUUGCAAAUAAAAAUGUACAUACCUGUUCAGAGAAA